CCAGUGCGGAAUUCGCGAGCUGAGGCGCACGUGAUCGAGAUAUUGCGGCGACAUGGGGGUGCUUAAAGCGCUAUGUUCAUGGAUUACCUUUACCACCGUCUCCUGUGCGAUCUUUUCGGCGUACAUGGCGUUCGUGAGUAAACAGGUGCGUAGGAAGUCGACAUGAAGUAUGCACACUUGCAAAUGACGUGUUCGAAUAUGGUUGCUGCAGGUGUACAGGAUCAUGUACCCGACUUUCUCGGAUAACCCGAACACACUGGACCCGCUGUGGGGCGAAGGACAACCACUGGACGUGACGUGCUACUUGUCUUCUCACCAGGAAUGGGAUGCGGUCAAGGACUUCAAAACUGGAGCAGUACACGUGGGAGACUUCAAGUCGCUCACGUUCGACUGGGAAAGCUCCAACUCCCGUCAUCUGGACCUCAGUAUCUCUCACAAAAUGCUCGCAGAGCUCGCAGACGACUCUAGGACGGCUAAACAGGUCUGGAGCGCGCUGAAGGGCAACGCGUCUGUGUUCCUGCACGUCCACGUGACACAUGCAGGGUUCUCGCCCGACCCCAAGGACACAGAACACUUCGACCAGUACAGAACCAUCCACCAGGCCUCCAGUCUUAUCAAAUAUGCACCCAGGCCUAAUGCGAAGAACACGAGCUUGUUAUUGGCCCCAGCUAAGCCACAAAGUGACUCAAAAUCGACGGUGCAGGACGAAACAGCACCAAUCUCGUACUGGAAACCAGCAGCGAGUGUCCGCCUUGUGACGGACUUCACGAGAUACCCAGUCGAGGAACUGCCUGUGAUGGUUUACCAGAACUUGCGCUACGUGCAGCACCCGAUGGAUCAGCGUUGGCGCUACUUGCCAGCACUCUAUGUGGACGAUUUAUCGCAGACUCAAGACAAGCUCGUGCCUCUGAAUUCGACGCUGGACAAUGGCAAUGGUGGUGACGCUGUUCUCCCGCUGCGACUGUCAUGGUCGCCGCUGUCCUUCGCGCGCUGGCAGAUGCAGCUGACGUUUGCAACGGUUUUCGCCUCCCAAGAGCAAAUGGGUGUGCCGUCGAGUGAUCUUGAUGCACUCCGCUCCAUGGUGACUGACACGCAUCCGAUUCUUCUGGCUGUCACGAUGAGCGUGUCACUGCUACAUUUGCUUUUUGACUGGCUAGCUUUCCGUCACGAUGUGAGCUACUGGCGUGCCAAAGGAGACAACGUUGUUGGUGUUUCUCUGCGUGCUAUGGCGGCUGAAUUAGGCUCGCAGAGCGUGGUUUUACUGUACCUUGUCGACCAGGAAUCGACGCUGCUCGUCACAGGCCCGCAAUUUAUCAGCGUCGUACUGCUCGUCUGGAAAGUUACGAAGGUCUGGAGAGCUCAGCGUCGUCUUCGCCUGCUGGAGGAGACUCAACGUGCCGACGCUCUGGCUACGUCACACAUGCUGUUUAUACUGGUUCCUCUAGCUGCUGGUUACGCCGUGUACUCGCUGUUGUACGUCCCACAUGCUGGUUGGUACGCCUGGCUGCUCGAAUCUCUUACUACAACAGUAUACGCCUUGGGCUUCGUGUUCAUGCUCCCACAGUUGGUCAUCAACUACCGACUCAAGUCAGUGGCUCAUCUGCAAUGGCGUCUACUCAUCUACCGUGCUCUCAACACGUUCAUCGACGACUUGUUUGCCUUCGUGAUCAAAAUGCCGACGUUACACCGCAUCUCGUGCUUCCGAGACGAUAUCGUCUUCGUUGUGUAUUUGUACCAGCGAUGGAUCUAUCCUGUGGAUACCCAGCGACCAGGAGAUGUUGCUGAUGGAGCUCCCACCGCAAAGGAGACCUCUGACAAGCCUCACAACGAAUAG